CAGGUCACCCAGCAACCGCCCCCGGCCGCAGUCGAACCUCAAGUCGGCAAAACUCACCAAACCAGUUGCCGACAGGACUCGAACCACGAGCGAAAGUUGGAAAUAAGCAAUAUCUAAACCUGUUUCUUCACAUGGUAUCAAAACAGAGCUACUGUUGAGAGUCUGAUAUUUACAGAAAUCAUGGUUCGACUGACCUUGGAUCUAAUUGCGAAAAACAGCAAUCUUAAAACCCGAAAAGAAGAAACCAUUUCACAGUGCCUGAAGAAGAUAACUCAUAUAAAUUUUUCAGACAGAAAUAUAGAUUCAGUUGAAGACCUCUCUCUUUGCAAAAAUCUCAGUGUUUUAUAUUUAUAUGAUAACCGUAUUACUCAAAUCACUAACCUGAAUUAUGCCACAAAUCUGACCCAUCUAUACCUACAAAACAAUUGUAUUUCAUGUAUUGAGAACCUCAGGUCAUUAAAGAAACUGGAAAAACUGUAUCUGGGAGGCAAUUACAUUGCUGUUGUAGAGGGUUUAGAAGGGUUAAGAGAACUAAGAGAGCUUCAUGUUGAGAGUCAGAGGCUUCCUCUUGGUGAAAAGCUUCUAUUUGAUCCAAGAACUCUUCAUUCUCUGGCUAAGUCCCUCACCAUAUUAAAUAUCAGCAAUAAUAAUAUUGAUGAUAUUAGAGACUUAGAACUACUGGAGAAUCUCAGUGAGCUCAUAGCAGUUGACAACCAGCUUCUUCAUGUGAAGGAUUUGGAGUAUUUACUGAAUAAGUUGAUCAAGUUGUGGAAAAUGGAUCUAAACGGAAAUCCUGUUUGUCUCAAACCAAAAUACAGGGACAGACUGAUAGUGGUGUCCAAAUCUCUGGAAUUUCUUGAUGGAAAAGAAAUUAAAAAUGUGGAAAGACAAUUCCUAAUGAAUUGGAAAGCAUCCAAAGAUGCCAAGAAAAUCAGCAAGAAAAAAAGCAGUAAAAAUGAGGACACAAGCAAUUCAUAUACAAGUAACUUUGAAACAAUGCAUCACAUAGUUCCUGUUUAUUACCCACAGAUGGGUAAGCCAAAAUUAGUCUUUUUCUCUGAAAUAGAGAGAUACCUUGUAAAUGGAAAUGCAUCUCCAAAAAGUUCCCAAGAAGAUAACACUAAAAUUAUUGAAGAAAUUGGGAAUCUCUCUUUGAAAAAAUUUGAAAGCUUGUUGACAAAAAACGAUGUCCAUGAACCUCACCUUCUCCAUAUUCCAAAACAACAGAAAUCCAUUUUGAAUCAAUGGAAUUUUGGUGUGCUUCUUCCUAAAGUAGAAGAAAAUGUCCUCUUUAAAUUAGAGGCAUUGUUUCAAGCGUGUCCUAGGUCGCUAGAAAGUAUCGCGCGUCCACUCAGACUUCCCCCCGCGAAGGUGACUCGGGGCGACUGGGGCGCGGCGCCCAGCUUCCAAGGGAGCCUUGAAUCGGGUCCCUCCUCGCACUGCUGUAAGCUACGCUUCCCGGGGAGUCUGCAAGUGCAAAACCAUCAAGGAAUUUUACGUCCAAAUAAUGACACCAAAGAGCGGUGGCCCCGCGGGAAUAACGGAGGCGGCCGGCGCAGGGCUGUCCCCUGUGGUUUGGGAACUUGCUAA